CCCCUCCGGCUUUUCGCUCUGCGCAUGUCCUCGUUCCUUGACAAGGGAAGGCGAGGGGGGUGAAGACUCUCCGACUCCGGGCCGAGGAAGGAGGGGAGCGGCAACUACCGAUCAGCUGAACGCGUCUCGUGACACGCUGGGCAGCGGCUCCUGCGCCUGCGCGGGGGAGGGCGGCUUCCCUGCCCAAGCGAAGAUGGCGGCCUCCAGAGCCGGGCUCUGAGGGGGUGUUGGAGUUUGUAGCAGCUGCAGCCCUGCUGGGGAGAGGGUUCCCCUCGCCAGCCACAAGCUGAAGCACCGCUGCGUGCUGCUGGGCUGGCUUGUGGGGUGUCUCUGGAGUGCGGGGCUUGGGGGUGACUGGGCAGCGCCGCUCCCGGGGCCAGGUUGAAUGUAGAAUAAAGCAGAAUAGAGACGCCAUCAUUUCUUAUCUUCCCAUACUGGUCCUGGUACAAAAUGAAUAUAAUUAGGGAAAAUAGAGAUUUGGCUUGUUUCUACACAACAAAGCAUUCAUGGAGGGGAAAAUAUAAACGAGUCUUUUCCAUUGGAACUCAUGCUAUCACAACGUAUAAUCCAAACACAUUAGAAGUUACAAAUCAGUGGCCUUAUGGAGACAUCUGUAGCAUCAGCCCUGUUGGAAAAGGACAAGGAACCGAAUUCAACUUUACAUUUCGUAAAGGGAGUGGAAAAAAGUCUGAAACACUUAAGUUUUCUACAGAACACAGAACAGAACUCUUAACAGAAGCUCUGAGAUUCAGAACUGAUUUUGCUGAAGGAAAAAUCACAGGAAGGAGAUACAACUGUUAUAAACACCACUGGAGUGAUACAAGGAAACCUGUAAUUCUGGAAGUGACUCCUGGAGGCUUUGACCAAAUUAAUCCUGCAACAAAUAAAGUCCUAUGCUCUUAUGACUAUAGAAAUGUUGAAGGAUUUGUUGAUCUCUCUGAUUAUCCAGGAGGUUUCUGUAUACUUUAUGGCGGGUUUAGUAGAUUACAUUUGUUUGCUUCUGAGCAAAGGGAAGAUAUUAUCAAAAGUGCAAUAGAACAUGCUGGCAAUUACGUUGGCAUAUCCUUGAGAAUAAGGAAAGAACCUUUAGAAUUUGAACAGUAUUUGAGUCUUCGCUUUGGGAAAUACAGCAAUGAUGAAUCAAUCACAUCUUUAGCAGAGUUUGUGGUCCAAAAAAUAUCUCCUAGGCAUUUGGAACCAGUGAAAAGGAUAUUGGCUCUUACAGAAACUUGUUUAGUGGAACGUGACCCAGCUACAUACAACAUAGCAACAUUGAAACCCUUAGGAGAGGUAUUUGCACUAGUGUGUGAUUCUGACAACCCACAACUUUUCACCAUAGAAUUUAUCAAGGGACAAAUCCGAAAAUAUUCUUCAACAGAGAGGGAUUCAUUGUUAGCCAGUUUGCUGGAUGGAGUCAGGGCCUCUGGCAAUAGAGAUGUCUGUGUGAAAAUGACACCUACAGAUAAAGGCCAGCGGUGGGGCCUGUUGAGUAUGCCAGUGGAUGAGGAAGUUGAAAGUCUUCACCUAAAGUUCUUGGCUUCACCUCCAAAUGGCAACUUUGCUGAUGCUGUCUUUAGAUUCAACUCAAACAUUUCAUACAGUGGAGUUCUGCAUGCAGUGACACAAGAUGGCUUGUUUUCAGAAAACAAAGAGAAACUAAUAAAUAAUGCUAUAACUGCAUUACUUUCACAAGAGGGUGAUCUUACAGCAGCUACAGCAGAGCUUGAAAGCCAGUUCCAAGCUGUUAGAAGACUAGUUGCCUCCAAAGCUGGAUUCCUUGCUUUCACUCAGCUUCCAAAAUUUCGGGAACGCUUGGGUGUGAAGGUGGUGAAGGCUCUUAAAAGGAACAAUGAUGGAGUAACUCAUGCUGCUAUUGAUAUGCUUUGUGCCCUCAUGUGUCCUAUGCAUGAUGACUAUGACUUGAGGCAAGAACAGCUGAACAAAGCAUCCCUUCUUUCUUCAAAGAAGUUCUUGGAAAAUUUGUUGGAGAAAUUUAAUUCACAUGUAGAAUAUGGAACUGGUGCCCUAGUUAUUAGUUCACUUUUGGACUUCCUUACUUUUGCCCUCUGUGCCCCAUACAGUGAGACAACAGAAGGGCAACAGUUUGAUAUGUUACUAGAGAUGGUUGCUUCUAAUGGAAGAACCCUCUUCAAGCUCUUUCAGCACCCUUCUAUGGCCAUUGUGAAGGGAGCUGGAUUGGUUAUGAAGGCAAUAAUAGAGGAGGGAGAUAAAGAGAUAGCAACCAAAAUGCAAGAUCUUGCUCUCAGUGAAGGUGCCUUACCUCGUCACUUGCACACUGCUAUGUUUACAAUAAGCACAGAUCAAAGGAUGCUUACAAAUAGACAGUUGAGUAGACAUCUCGUGGGCCUCUGGACAGCUGAAAAUCCAACUGCUUUAAACUUGCUGAAGCGUAUUUUGCCAUCAGGCCUACUUUCAUACCUGGACAGUAACGAACUUGUUCCUGAAAAGGAUUCUGAUCGGAUGCACAUUAGGGAUAACUUAAAAAUUGCAAAUGAUCAAUAUGGGAAGUUCAAUAAAGUACCAGAAUGGCAGAGACUUGCAGGAAAAGCUGCAAAAGAAGUUGAAAAAUUUGCCAAAGAGAAGGUGGAUUUAGUUUUGAUGCACUGGAGAGACAAAAUGGGAAUAGCACAAAAAGAAGACAGAAACAAUAUGAAUAUGAAUCAAAAGCCAGUCAUACUGAGGAAGCGAAGGCAGAGAAUAAAAAUACAAGCAAAUUGGGAUCUUUUCUAUUACAGAUUUCUUCAAGAUCAUGCUAGAUCCAAUCUAAUUUGGAAUUUCAAAACACGAGAAGAAUUAAGAGAUACCUUGGAGUCUGAAAUGCGGGCAUUUCAGAUUGACAGAGAACUUGGCAGUGCUAAUGUCAUCUCCUGGAAUCAUCAUGAAUUUGAGGUGAAGUAUGAGUGCCUGUCAGAGGAAAUAAAAAUAGGUGACUAUUACUUGAGAUUGUUGUUAGAAGAAGAUGAAAACGAAGAAAGCGGAGCAAUAAAGAAAUCUUAUGAAUUUUUCAAUGAAUUGUACCACCGUUUCCUGCUUACUCCUAAAAUAAACAUGAAAUGCCUUUGCCUGCAAGCCCUGGCCAUUGUUUAUGGAAGAUGCUAUGAGGAGAUAGGCCCCUUUGGUGACACAAGAUAUAUUGUAGGGAUGUUGGAAAGGUGCACUGACAGACUUGAGCGGGACCGACUGAUAUUAUUUCUUAACAAGCUGAUUCUUAACAAGAAAAAUGUCAAAGAGCUUAUGGAUUCAAAUGGCAUUCGAAUCCUUGUAGAUCUCCUCACUCUGGCCCAUCUUCACACAAGCAGAGCAACAGUACCACUGCAGAGCAAUGUAAUUGAAGCUGCACCUGAUAUGAAGAGAGAGAGUGAAAAAGAAUGGUAUUUUGGUAAUGCAGAUAAGGAAAGAAGUGGUCCUUACAGUUUUAGUGAGAUGCAGGAAUUAUGGACAAAAGGGAAGCUGACUUCCAAAACACGCUGCUGGGCCCAAGGCAUGGAUGGAUGGCGUCCACUGCAGGUUAUCCCUCAGCUGAAGUGGUGUCUGCUUGCCACAGGACAGGCUGUGCUGAAUGAGACAGAUCUGGCUACACUUAUUCUCAACAUGCUGGUUACCAUGUGUAGCUAUUUUCCUAGUAGAGAUCAGGACAAUGCCAUUAUACGACCUUUACCCAGAGUGAAGAGGCUCCUUUCAGACAGCACUUGCCUUCCCCAUAUCAUUCAGUUGUUGCUGACUUUUGACCCCAUUCUUGUUGAGAAAGUUGCUAUAUUGCUUUUCUACAUCAUGCAAGAUAACCCACAAUUACCUCGCCUUUAUUUGAGUGGAGUUUUCUUCUUCAUUAUGAUGUACACUGGUUCCAAUGUACUUCCUGUUGCCAGGUUUCUGAAAUACACACAUUCAAAACAAGCUUUCAAAUCUGAGGAGACAAAAGGGCAAGAUAUAGUGCAGAGGAGUAUUCUUGGACAUAUCCUACCAGAAGCUAUGGUGUGUUACUUGGAGAACUAUGAGCCAGAAAAAUUUUCUGAAAUCUUUUUGGGUGAAUUUGACACUCCAGAAGCAAUCUGGAGCAACGAAAUGAGGCGCCUUAUGAUAGAGAAGAUAGCUGCUCAUCUUGCUGACUUCACUCCUCGCCUUCAGAGUAAUACAAGAGCACUUUACCAGUACUGUCCCAUACCAAUUAUCAACUAUCCCCAACUGGAGAAUGAGAUGUUCUGUAACAUUUAUUACCUCAGACACCUUUGUGAUAAGCAUCGGUUUCCUGAUUGGCCCAUCAAAGAUCCUGUUAAACUUUUGAAAGAUACUUUAGAAGCUUGGAAGAAGGAGGUGGAGAAGAAGGCACCAACAAUGUCCAUAGAUGAUGCUUACGAGGUCCUCCAUCUUCCAAAGGGACAAGGACAGCAUGAUGAAAGCAAAAUCAGGAAAGCUUACUUCAGGCUGGCCCAGAAAUACCACCCUGACAAAAAUCCAGAAGGUCGAGAUAUGUUUGAAAAAGUGAACAAAGCAUAUGAGUUUCUGUGCACGAAGUCAGCCAAAAUGGUGGAUGGUCCAGAUCCUGAGAAUAUAAUUUUGAUUUUGAAAGCUCAGAGUAUUCUUUUCAACAGACACAGAGAAGAUCUGAAGCCAUAUAAGUAUGCAGGCUAUCCAAUGUUGAUCAAGACAAUCACAUUGGAAACUUCUGAUGACCUCUUGUUCUCCAAAGAGUCUCCCCUGUUGCCUGCUGCUACAGAGCUGGCUUUCUACACUGUCAACUGUUCAGCACUGAAUGCAGAAGAACUAAGAAGAGAGAAUGGGAUAGAGGUCUUACAGGAGGCUUUUAAUCGCUGUGUUGCAGUUCUGACACGUUCUAGUAAGCCAGAUGAUAUGUCCGUUCAGGUGUGUGGACACAUAAGUAAAUGUUAUAGUGUGGCAGCCCAGUUUGAAGACUGCAGGGAGAAAAUAACUGAAAUGCCAAAUAUCAUUAAGGACCUCUGUAGGGUGUUGUAUCACGGCAAGAACCUUCCACGUGUGGCUUCCCUUGGAGUAGAAUGUGUCAGUUCAUUUGCUGUGGAUUUCUGGCUGCAAACACAUCUGUUUCAAGCUGGAGUCCUCUGGUAUUUACUAGGCUACCUCUUUAACUAUGAUUAUACACUGGAAGAAAGCGGUAUUCAAAAGAGUGAAGAUUCCAAUCAGCAGGAAGUAGCUAAUACCCUUGCCAAGCUUAGCCUCCUUGCUUUGAGCCGGCUUGGUGGAUAUCUUCCUGGAGAACAAGCUACACCUGAAAACCCAACGAUCAGGAAAAGCCUUGCAGGCAUGCUGACCCCUUAUAUUGCAAGGAAACUUGCUGUGGUUAACCCCACUGAGAUUUUGAAAAUGCUCAACAGCAACACAGAGAGCCCUUACUUGAUUUGGAACAAUCGCACAAGAGCUGAACUUCUUGAGUUUUUGGAAUCUGAGCAGGAGAGCAUGAUUAAAAGAGGCGAGUGUGAUAAAAGCUACGGAUCAGAAUUUGUCUACAGUGAUCACGCGAAAGAACUUAUUGUAGGAGAGAUUUUUGUUCGAGUUUACAAUGAAGUCCCUACAUUCCAGCUAGAGCUUCCAAAAGCAUUUGCUGCAAGCCUUUUGGAUUAUAUAGGUUCACAGGCACAGUAUCUUCAUACACUGAUGGCCAUGACUCAGACAGGAAAAGUUGAGUCUAACCAACAUGGCGAAAGACUUCGAAGGGUUGAAAUGGCUUUGGAGGCUCUGAGAAAUGUAAUAAAACACAACCCUGGAUCAGAAUGUGAAUGCAUAGGUCACUUUAAGUUAAUAUUCUCACUGCUGCGGGUCCAUGGAGCUGGUCAAGUGCAACAGCUAGCUCUGGAGGUGGUGAACAUUGUGACUAGUAACCAAGAAUGUGUAAAUAAUAUAGCAGAGGCCAUGGUUCUUUCCAACUUACUAGCCCUCUUGCAUUCACUACCUUCAAGUCGGCAGCUUGUUCUUGAAACUCUGUAUGCGUUGACUUCCAGCACCAAAAUAGUUAAGGAGGCCAUGGCAAAAGGUGCUUUAAUCUACUUACUUGAUAUGUUCUGCAACUCCACACAUCCACAAGUUCGGUCUCAGACAGCAGAGCUUUUCGCUAAAAUGACAGCAGACAAACUGGUUGGUCCAAAGGUUAGAAUUAUCCUAAUGAAGUUUCUGCCUGGUGUCUUUAUGGAUGCCAUGAGAGAUAAUCCUGAAGCUGCUGUUCAUAUUUUUGAAGGAACACAUGAAAAUCCAGAGUUAAUAUGGAAUGACAACUCCAGAGAGAGAGUGUCUACAACUGUUCGUGAAAUGAUGCUAGAACACUUCAAACUCCAGAGAGACAACCCAGAUGUUAACUGGAAGUUGCCAGAGGACUUUGCUGUGGUGUAUGGGGAAGCAGAAGGGGAGUUGUCUGUAGGAGGUGUCUUCCUACGAAUCUUUAUUGCCCAGCCGGCCUGGGUCUUACGAAAACCCAGAGAAUUUCUCAUUGCACUGUUAGAAAAAUUCACUGAACUACUGGAGAAAAACAACCCCCAUGGGGAAACAUUAGAAACUGUAACAACAGCAACCGUGUGCCUCUUCAGUGCUCAGCCUCAGCUAGCAGACCAGGUUCCCCCACUUGGUCAUCUUCCCAAGAUUCUCCAGGCCAUGAAUCACAAGAACAAUGCCAUUCCUAAAAGUGCCAUGCGUGUCAUUCACAUACUGUCUGACAAUGAGCUUUGUGUUCGUUCAAUGGCAGCUUUAGAGACCAUUGGCCCUCUGAUGAAUGGUAUGAAGAAAAGACCAGAUACUAUUGGUGUUGCCUGCGAAGCACUUAAUCGGAUGUUUCAGAAAGAACAGAAUGAUCUAGUAGUUCAAGCUUUGAAAGUUGAUUUGAUCCCAUAUCUCCUAAAACUGCUUGAAGGUGUUGGCCUUGAGAAUCUUGAAAAUCCUUCAGCCACGAAAGCUCAAGUUGUUAAGGCCUUGAAAUCAAUGACUCGAAGUCUGCAGUAUGGAGAGCAGGUGAAUGAAAUUCUGUCUCAUUCCUCUGUCUGGAGUGCCUUCAAAGAUCAGAAACACGACUUGUUCAUUUCUGAGACACAAACAGCAGGAUACCUCACAGGUCCUGGAGUUGCUGGCUACCUUACUGCAGGGAGAUCUUCAACCGUUUUGCCCAGUGUUCCACCUCCAGUAGACCACGAAGCUGGGGAUACUGGCUGAAGGCUACAAAAUGCUUGCACAAAAGACUCUUAAGGCGGAUUGGCCAGUCAUGAGGAAGGCCCUUCUUGUUCCUUGGUUUAAUUUUGGAACAAAUUCUGCCUGCUUUUCCAGUUUCAUGACAGUGUUAUUCCCUUUUCUAUGAAUAUAUUUUUUUUAGAAAAAAAGUUCAUGAUUCUAUCACAUUGUAACGUAAAAAGAAAGUACUUUGUGGAUCAGCCUGAAUGGGUACACAAGAAUUUUCUUGCUGUACGUAAGCACAUUUUGUUCCUUUAUAUUUUUGUUUACAAGACUGUGAAUCAAAACAAUUUUCCUAGGUUUUUGUAUUUUAUGAACUAGCAUGACUGAAGUUGAACUGCAGUCUCGAAUAAUUGGGCUAAAUCACUUGAACUUCCCAAACUCACUAGAAGAUUAUUUUCCUCCCAAGUUAGACCUGAUCAUACUUCCAAAACUUGACAACCUUCGUGUUUGCUUAUGUCUUCAAUCAUUAAUGUUACUUUCACAAGAUCUAAUGAGAUGUUUGUAUGUAAAACUGGCUUUACCAAAUUGAAAAAUUAAAAUGCAGCAAAAAAACACAAACAUUAUUUAAAAAUGAUGUUAACAUGUUAUAUAAAAGCAUAGUGUAAUUGUGAUAUGUUCUAUACAUUAUCAAUAUAUAAAACUUUCUAUAUUGAAUGUACAUUAUACAGAUCGUUCAAAUGUACAUAAAAUUUUAAAAAUAAAGGGAAAUGAAAGCCUUGUUGAUGAGAAAUAUGCAUACUUCUGCUCUUCUAUUCCUUUUGUAAACUUGGACAGAUAAUGGAUAUUUUGUACUUGUUUACUAAUUUUCCUUGAAAGAUGGACUUCUGGGCCCCCUGCCCCAUGGUUUCUGCCUCUCUUGGGACCAAGCAAUUGAAAUCCAUGUCAGCAAAUGCACAACUGCAACUUAGAUUCUUGGAGACCAAACUCCAAGAUGAUA